AUGCCCGGUUGCCCAGGAGAGGACGAGCAGAGGGACCUGGAGGCCAUCGUGCGGAAGCAGCUGUCUCAAGCGACCGAGGAGCUUGUUCGGGAGGCGCUUGCAGAGGCCACGGGCGGUGGCCAGGAUUCCGAGCUGACGAGUUUGGCGGAGGUGCUCCUGAACGAUUUCUUGCUCGUCACUGAUGCGCUGAUGGAAGCCUUGGUUUCCGGAAGCAUCGAGAACUGGCUGACGACCCUCGGCAUUGAGACCGCGGGAACGGAGAGCCAGAAGCAGCAAUUCCAGGCUCUCACAGACGAGCUGCAGGGCGUGCUUGCUACACAGGGUGCCGAGGGCAAUGAGGACUCCAUCGCCCACGUCUGCCGCCUCACGGUUGCUGCGCCGGAGCUUCGGGAACUCUGCGCGGCACGGACGACCGAGUUGCUGCAGGAUCAAGCUUCUCACAGACUGCUUUCCUCGAGCAGGUCACUGGGCGAUGCUCAGCCAGAAACGGAGCUGGAAACCGGAGUCGGCGUCUCGGACGACACCCCCGAGACCCCCAACUUUGCACAGGUUGAGGACACGGUCACAGCCGAAGAGCUCCCUGAAGCGCAGCUCGAUGAAGAGGUGGAGGGAGCGAUCCCUGCAGCCGAAGAGCCUUUUGGCGAAGAGGAGCCAUUGGCAGAGCUGGCUGACGAGGCGGCAGAGCGCGGGGCGGAGCGCACGGAGGGCAGCUUUGGGGCCGCGGAGGCCGCGGAGGCCGAGCCAGGUUGCCGCAAGAUUUGCCGGAGAGCAGCACGCGAUUUGGGGAGAGUCCCGGACUUCGGUCCGUCAGUGCUCGGACUGAGAAGCGGGGGCACCCAGAUUGACCUGCAGCGGACCGAAACCUCCAAUGCUCGUCCAGCUCGACUUGUUUGCGAUUUCGGCGACUCGGUGUCUUCAUGCAGCAGCGACGAAGUAGACCAGGUCGGGGCUGAGAAGCAGCCGGACAAGCUUGGGGAGACUGGCGGCGUGGGAUCUCUGACUCCUUCAGACGAGGCUACAGCCACACCCCCUCCACUAGGGGGCCACAGUAGCUGCUCUGAAACUCUGGCAUCGGAGGACCACUCAGCACAACAAAUUCCUUGGCCCCAGAAGUUGAUUGGAAAGGCGACCGAGCGGGCACCGGAGGCCGCCAUGGUUAGCGCAGUGCCACAUGUGCCACAGCCACGAUGGCGAAGCACGUCGCAGCCUUGCCGAGAUCUGAGACGGCCAGGGGCGCUAGGACCAGGACGUCACGAGCCCAAGCGUGCGACUGCAAGGCCAGCUGAUCCUCGGUCGGAGCUCUGGGAACCAUUGCGCAAGGUGAUGUCCAUCAAGGAUGCUGCCACACAGACGUCCAGAAGGAAGCCGCGCGCUGCCACGUCGCAGACGCAGUCGCAGAGCCAGCGGCAAGCUGUGGGCGCUGCAAAGCCGGUCCGGAAACCGGAUAUAGGUUCAGGUCUAUCCAGAAGUGCUCGGUGCAAGACCCCUCGCAGCAGCCGGGGCCGGGCGAGCAGUGUCGCGAAACAAGGUCCAAAGCCAAGGCCCUCGACACGGGUGAUGAAGAAUCGAUCCUACUCAGCCCCCACGGUCUCCACGAGCCAGAGAUCCGUGGUGGCCGCUCAAAAUCCAAAGAGGCGUUCCCACUCAGCAGGCCCUUGCCAUCACCGCCGGUGUGUUGCCUGUUUGAUGGCGCAGAUCCGCUCCAUGUCCUGGCCUCCUGGCUUCUGUGCACGGAAGCCAAGGCUUCAGAAAGCUUCCAAGAGCCGCAGUUGCAGCCAGUCGAAGACGCAGAAGCCGAAGCUGUACAGCCCGGCGGAGAUCCGGGCUCAAAAGGUCUUGGAGCAGUCUCAGAGCCCUCAAGAAUCUCCUGGGAACUUUCAGGAGGCCAAGCCCCAACCGCAAAGCCAAGUGUCACGCCUCGAUGGAGCCGUUCAAACCGACAGCUCUCUUUUCCAAGCACUGCAUGCUGCCGAAAAUUCAGAAUUCGCUGGGAAUGUACAGCAGAUGCCAGAGGUUGAAUGUGUUGCAUGUGACGAAGGUCUGGAUCGAAGACUGCCCUGUAUCCCACCGUCGUGGAUGUGCAUCCAGGAAGUCACAUGCAUGAGGAAAUUCGUCGGCGGAAUCCUCCGACAUCCGACAGCUCCGACAGCUGAAAGCAACUCCAACCCUCGAGCGGCAGAGCUGGCAGCGCUGGCCCAGGUUCCUCGACCGGUCGUGGAAGUGAAGGUGCGCAAGAAAGAGCCGCGGAAAAGCCGAAAGAGUCUGGCUGGGCAGAGGCUACGAGCCUAA